AUCAAGGUACAAAGUCAUUAAAACUAGAAACCUGUGCUCACUGUGGAAAAGUGCAGACGCAAACACAGUAAAAGAGUUCAAAUGUCUUAAAAAGGUUUCCAAGUGAGAUGUUGUAUGGGAGUUGCAGUUUAAAUUGAUGCACCUAAAGCAGUUGAAGUGUCAUUUGAAGCACUUAAAGUGUUUUAACUCUUUUCUGAAGUGUAAGUUUAACCCCUGCAGUCAAAUGAAUUGUCAGUUUUUAUGUAAACACUGAACUAACCAUUGAAGUGUAAGAGUUAGAGAGAAUUACUUAUGUAUUUUUCCAUUGUAGUAUCACUUUCACUGAAGGAUGUGAGUACAUCUUUCACCGUUGCUAGUAAAUCAAACUGUCUCAGACUCGAACUCCUCCAAUAAAGUCUUUCCCCGUACACCUUCGUCUCCAGACAGGAUUUCCUGUCUGUGUCUGAGGGAGGGGCCGGAUCUCAGGAACCCCCCCCCAGCUCCCAGCACUGGCACUGGGAUAUGUGCAGGGGCAUGAACUGGGAAUGGGACUGAGGAAGCCAGGGACAGCAUGAUGACAGUGACUGACACCAGCCUCAUAUCUACUGUAAACACAGACCUGAGUGCUGCUGCCUUCCUUGUCCUGGAUGAGACAUUUCACAUGCAGGCCAACAUGAAGAAGAAAAAGCAGCAGCCCCUAAAACUCACCAAAGAAGAGCAUGAAAAUCGCCACCAGCAGGUUUUCAUGGACAAAACCUCCAGGGCCUUCAGCUCCAACAGUCUGGAGUUUCAGAGCUUCCUGGCUGACAUGAUUCGGUGGUUUUCGGACCGUCAGCAGCAGGUGGACGAGCUGUUCAGCCACAGUGACACAGACAGAAGUGGAUCAGUCAACCUGAAGGAUUUCGAGCUGGGUCUGAUGAACUUGGCCGUCCCUUGUCAGCAGUUUCAGCUCCACAUGCUGAGUCAGCUGCUGAAGACCAACAACAACACGAUCAGUUAUCGAGACUUGAGCAGCCAAGUGCAGAGACGAAGGCUGAGUGACGGCGCAGAGAUCGACUCCGGUUUGGAAAGAAGUCCUCACCGUCAGCUGUUAAACCCUGACAAGGACAAGUACCCCAUGUUCAUCCGCCUGAGUGUCCGACUGAUCCCCUUCGACGCCGCUGCAGCCCAUCCAGGGAACUUUGAGCUGGUUUUGUCGAGCAGCAGCAGAGUUUUCAGUCUGAUCAGGAUGAUCCAGGACCGGGUCGGGAUCCAGACCUCCAGGCUGGAGGUUUUCCAGAGCAGAGAGCCCACGCAGGAGGCCCGCCUGCCCCCAGAGAGCUCUCUGGAGGAGUGUGGCUUCAAAGGGGGGCCAGAGGAAACUCCUCCAGAGGACACUGUGUACUACGACUACAGACUGCUGUUUACAGACUGUCCCAUCCUCAACUGUGACCACUACUUCGGGUCAAAGAGCAGCAGCCAGAGUCCAUAAAUCACAUAACUGUCCAACUGUGUCUUUAGCCCUGCAUGCUAGCAGUGCGGCUAUAGAGAUGUUGGUCGUCCAGCACUUUGGUCCAGACUUAAAUCUCUCAACAACUAUUGGACGGAUUGCUAUGAAAUUCACGUCCUCAUCCGGAUAAAUUGUAAUUACUUUGGUUUUACUUCAACUUUUCAUCUAGCGCCGUCAUCUGGUUAAACUUUUAAUUCGUCCACUGCUUUGGUUUAUGACCAAACUCCUGCAAAACUAGUGCCAUUCCCAUCAGCCUCAGCUGUACCAGCUGUUACAUUAGCAUGCUAACACGCUUACCUAAGAUGGUGAACAUGGUAAACAAUAAACCUGCUAAUCAUCCGCAUGUUAGCAUCAUUAUACAGUCUGUGGUUAGCAUUGUCAAUGUGAGCAUGCUAUCAAGCUGAUGUUAGCAUUUAGCUCAAAGUACAGUCUCACAGAGCCCACAGAAAGGACCACAAAGAACAUUAAACUCAUACAAACAGAGCAGACGUAUUGUACCAGAUUUAGCUACUAGCUCAUUUCCAUUGGAUACUUAGCAAAUGUUAGCAUGCUAACACAAUAUAAUACUUUCUAUUGUCAAUUGUUUCUAUUGUCACAGUGCAGUGUCAUAUUUUUGUUAAUUUUCUUAUUCAAAUUUUCUUAUUUAAUAAAGUUAUUUUGUACAACAACUUUAUGAAUUAUACUAUAAGAUGUCUUGAUGUUGACUUAAGCAGGACUAAAUCCACUGUGUACGCUGGAUAAAUUAAUAAAUAAAGCUGCUGAGUGA